CCUCCCCCUCCCCCUCCUCCUGCGCACCAUUUUCGAGCCUGCCAUUCCGCCGUUCGAUCGACACUCGUCCCGCGACAAGCUCACGAUAUUCGAUCGAUCGAUCUGUCUCGAAUACGCAUCUAGAAACAAACACUCGCUUGGCAAGCUCCCCGAGACCACCAUCGACGUCCUCUCUCGCCCUCGCUGGUAGCCCCGCUACCUUGCACGUCGCACGACGCCUUUUGAGCCACCAAGCACCUAUAUUCCUUUUAAAGUGCACUCCUAGUGGGGAGGGGCACUGCGGGGGAAGAACACUCGCCCGCCGCAAACAUGUGGUGGCUCAUCAACGCCUGUUCGAGUGCCAUUUUCCUGUUCAGCAUCGUCCUCUCGAUACCAAUCGCUUUCGAUGUCGGGGGCCGUGAUGCUGGCCUGGCUUAUUCGCUAUCACUUUUCCUUUUCUACAUUUUCUACAGUACCAGCAAGCUUAUAACGCCAGAGAAGUCUCGGAUACGCUGGUUCUUGAAGAGUCUGGUUGGGUUAUCACAAUGGAUUGUUAUACCCGCAUUGUUGAUUUGGGCUCUCAACCGUUUCUCGGUCGAUGCCGAUAGUGCCAACUGGGUGUCACGUACGUUUGCCCACGUUACAGGGCACCACAAGAGUUGGAGAGAGUGGUUUUGGGGGUCUGAAGGCUUUGUGGAAAACGUUGCGUUAGGCUCUUGGGACAAUACCUUGAGUUAUUCGAGCCCUGUUUUCCAACUUCUCGAGGGCUUCUGCAGCUUGUUGGUGAUCCAGGCUGCUGGUCAGAUUGCGAGAUGGCUGGUCAACCGGGGAAGAAGUGACACCUGGAUCACGCUCCUGAUAAUAUCAGGUGCCAUCAGCUCCAUGGCCAUUUACUUCUUAUGGCGUGUCAUGUGCUUCCCACAAAUCGGCAACUUCGAUGCCACGCUCAUCGGCGUUGCCAUGACCUCAGCCUUCUUCCUCUGCGGUUUUGGCAUUGCCAGCGGCCGAGGGAAUCCGAUCGAGUCUUCCCUUCUUUUUGCGUACACGGUUCUCUGUGUCUAUCAGAUUUUCACCGAUUAUCAGCCCUCGCCCGAGGCUGCCGCCGCAGCGGAAGCUGCCGCUGCUGCGCAGCCGGAUUUUCCGCCUCUGCCGCCCAUCCUCAUGGCCUCCUACACCACUCUGAUCCACAUGCUCAGCAGCCUUCCGUCGGCUUUUGGUUUAUCAUUCCAGUUUCUUUACGCGGCAUUCCAAACCAUCACCCCUAGCGUCAUCAUCUCGCUGACAUAUCGCACCAUCGUUUUUUAUUGCGCUACGAGAAUUAUUCCGGCUGUUAGAGAGUUGGGUGCUCAGGCUAUUAUGGAAGAGCCCACGCUCGACGAAAGCGAUGGCGCCAACCGUGUUCUUGGUUUUCUCAGCUGGUUUUCGCCUUCUAUUCUGAUUGCGGUAUACACCAGUUUGCUCCUGCAGCACUUUACUAUUGCCGAUGGCGACGAGCUCGGCUGGACUCUCCGGGCCGGCGAUGCUGGUGGCAGUACUUGGCGGUGGAUCAACUUGACGGCCACCAUGGGACUUUAUGCCAUCGAGUUGUACCUCGGUGGUGAUGGUGACGGUGGCGCGCACUGGAAGACGGACUGAAGAAGUUUUCCCGAGAGAACAUUAGCAGGGGGCCGGGGAGGUCAACGGCAUGCCAAUCCAUGGGGCCAUCCGCAGCAUGGCCGAUUGGAAGGGCUGUAUUGAAACUCAAGCUGGAUGACAAUGUCCCAGCCAAACGGGAUUCCUCGCCGGAUACUAAUCGGCGUCGAAAAGGAAUUCAAAACGGGGAAAGCUAUCAGAAGAUCAAGGAACAGGGCUACUAAAAACCAAGGAUACUAAAGGAAAAGGGGGGACAAGAGGAGGAAGGCAAGAUACCCAAUGGCUAGGAAGCGCAGGUUAUGGAAAGGUGAUGCAAAACAUAUCACCAGUAGAAGAAAGAUAAGCAUGCAAGUCAUUAACAAGAUUGACUUGGCAGGACCGCUUGCACGUUCCUCACGCACAACAUACGCUUUUUUCAUUUUUUUUUUCUUCAUGACUUUGGCUCCUUUCAAUAUUGUAUUCAUAGUAAACAAACCAAACGGGCAACGUGGAUGAGAACAGGGGAUUGAGAGUCGGAAGCAACGUCUGGCUGGCUUAGGGGGCAUCAUGUUGCAACAUCGUACAAUCAUACAGCGAAUGGCGUUGGUGUCGUUUUAUUUUCGUUUUCUUGGACUAUGACCUGGGGCCGGAACUGGGACUGGAAUUUGGUUGGCUGGCCGGAGCAUGUAUCAUUUGAAUUUCCAUAUGUCUAAGCACAACUAUCAGAGCCUGCCUUUCGAUCAUAAUCUACCGCAUAACCCCUUCUACAUGUUACAAAAUUCUUGCAGCAUGGCAUUUCUACAGUAACACAACAUAAAAGAGACCC